AUGGAGGGCCUUGACAACGGUGACACCGCGUGGAUGGCCAUGUCCUGUGCCUUGGUGCUCUUCAUGACGCCUGGGUUGGCAUUUUUUUACGGAGGACUAGUACGCGAUAGCAACAUCGUCAACACCAUGAUGAUGAGCAUCAUCUCCAUGGGGCUCACGACCCUCACUUGGUUGAUCUUUGGCUUCACGUGGUCUUUCGACGAAUGGGGCGUUGGCAAGGGCUUCACGUACGUGGGCUUCCGUAACCUGGACACGGUGUGGCCCGACACCACGAUGCCAGGCAUGACCUUCGCCGUUUUCCAGAUGACCUUCGCCAUCAUCGCAGCAGCGAUUAUCUCGGGAGCCGUGGUUGAGCGCAUCCGCUUCUCCGCCUAUGCCAUCUUCAUCGUCAUUUGGGUCCUGGCAGUGUACGUGCCGCUGUGCCACUGGAUCUGGGGCGGUGGCUGGAUCGCAGAGAUGGGUGCCAAGGAUUUCGCGGGAGGUACCGUCGUGCACAUCAGCUCGGGCACCUCGGCGAUUGCGCUGGCGUCCCUGCUGGGUGAGCGCAAGCACCGCGCGGAGAGCUUCCCGUCGAACCUGCCCUUCGUGAUCCUCGGCGGAGGCAUCCUCUGGCUGGGCUGGACCGGCUUCAACGGCGGCUCGGCCUUCGCCGCCAAUGGCGACUGUGCUCUGGCCAUCGCCACCACCUACGUUGCGGCUGCGGCCGCGAUGAUCAUGUGGGUCACCGUGGAGCGCAUCCUGGACGGAGCCCCCACGUCCAUCGGCGCCAUGUCGGGAGCAGUGGCAGGACUUCCCCUGGGUGCGCUGGGCGUGGGCGCUAUCGGAGCCCUUGCAUGCGUCUUUGCCGCUCGCGGCCUGAAGAAGCUGAACCUUGUGGACGACUCCCUGGACUGCUUCAGCCUCCAUGGAGUCGGUGGCUUUGCCGGUGCCAUCCUUGGCGGUUUCUUUGACACCUCUGAUGGGAUCAUUUACGGCGGAGGCGCCCUGCUGCUGGGCAAGAACGUGGCUGGCGCGGCCUUCGGUGUGGUCUACUCAGCGGGCGUCACGGCGGUGAUCUUCUUCAUCAUGCGCCUCGCCAUGCGCAUGAGGGUCAGCGAGGAGCAGGAGCUGGAAGGCGCACCCGGCUUGCUCGUACGGUUCAUGGGAUUCCCUGAUCUGGAUACUUCUAGCCUACCUGUAGUGGCCUACGGCAAGUCUGAGCACACCGGCAAGCGCAGCAAUUCCGAGCACACCGGCAAGCGCAGCUACGAGGCGGCGGCCCCCACGCUGCUGACCAGUACCUGGAGCUGCAGAUUCAGCUUAGUAGCUGAGUGGAUAACCUAA